GGCGAUGGUGGCGGCGGCGGCAGCAGCGGGUUCGGUUGCGCGUGGCGCACGGGGUGGGAGCGGAGCCCAGGCCGGGAGCAGGCGCUGCAGCCAGCGACCAUGGGGAACGUGUUGGCCGCUAGCUCUCCGCCCGCGGGGCCGCCGCCGCCGCCCGCGCCCGCCCUCGUGGGACUGCCGCCGCCGCCGCCCUCUCCUCCCGGCUUCACGCUGCCGCAGCUCGGGGGCGGCCUGGGCGCUGGGGCCGGCGCGGGUCGAGGCUCGGAGCGGACGCCGGGGGCUGCGGCCGCCAGCGGCGCAGGGAGCGCGGACGAUGGGGCCUGCGGCUGCCUGCCGAACCCGGGCACGUUCGAGGAGUGCCACCGGAAGUGCAAGGAGCUGUUUCCCAUUCAGAUGGAAGGUGUCAAGCUCACGGUCAACAAAGGGUUGAGUAACCACUUCCAGGUGAGCCUUGCUGGUGCCCUUGCCCUCCAGAGUCAUGCCAGCCAUCCCCCUGAAUCGGCACGCACAGCCCCUCCUCCUCCGCAAAUGGCUGGGCUCCAUGGGACAUGAAAAGGCUGAGAAACACAGCCAGGCUGACUCCUCAGGGGGCCAGGGUAGCAUUUGGGGACCCAGAGUCCAGAGAUGCCUGUCCCCCGUGAUGUCCAGGCUGG